AAUAAUAUACAAACAAGAUUUAUAUCAAGUUGCUAUUGUAUGCUCUAAAGAUUUUUAAGAAUUAUUUGCAUGUCAUAGUUUUUAAAGCAUCUAUGAUUAAAAAGAUGUUGAUUAAAAUGAAUUCGAAAAAAUAAUUAAGGCUCUCUAAUAUCUUUAAAAUGAAAAUAAUAUCUUGUCUAUAAUUGAAAAAAUAGAGCAUACAUAAUAAGGAUUGACAACAAUUAUUACAGAGUUUGUUGAUUGUAAUUUAACUUAAAUAAUUGAGCUCAAUAGAUUUAACUUUGAAUAAAUCAUAGCGUUGACUUAUUAGUUGUUAAAUUGUUUAAAUUUACAUUAGGAAAAGGGUAUAAUUUACCACGAUAUAAAACAUGACAGCAUCUUUUUUAGCAAAUCUAAAAAUUAAUUUUUUAUAGCUAAUUAUCAAUAACUUAAAACAACAAAAAACACUUUCUUUAAAAAAAUAUCUGAUUUCCUUAAAAUUAAUUCUAUAAAUUAAUCUACAGAAGUGCUAUCUUAAUAUGAACCAGAACCAACAAGUGAUAAUUUAUUUUCAAUAGGAAUAAUAUUAACUGAAGUAUAUAUCUAAAGAAGCCUUAAUAAUAUUGAGUUGUAGAAUUUGAAAAAUUAAACAUUAUUGAAUGUAUUGCCUUUUCUGUAGUAAUCUUCAAACAUUGAAUUUAUAAACAAAAUACUUUCUAAAAUGCUUGAAUCAAAUAAAGAUAUAAGACUUAUGCUAAAUAUUCUAAUAUAAAAUCUAAAUACAUUUUUUGUUAAUGAGAGCUCUUUAAAAAAGCUUAAACUGUCAAAAUAAAUUACAAAGUAUAAAAUGUCUGAAGAUAAAGAUAUUAAAAUAGUAAGAAAUUAUGAAAUAAUAGAAAUGGAUUUUAAGAGUUUAUUAGCAUAUAAAUAAUUCAAAGAAUAAGCUGUAAAGGAUAUUGGGAUGAUUAUAGAAAAGUGUCAAGACUUUACAAAUUUGAUUAUUCAAAAUAUAUCACUAGAAAAUGUAAAUUUAAUUGAGUUUAUCUUAUAAAAGUGUAAACACAUUACUUCUUUAUGUCUUGGUCUUUAUGAUACUAAACUUGGACCAGAAAGGGCAAGAAAUAUAGAUAUUAACCUUGAAAAUUGUUAAAACGUCGCUUGUUUGUAUCUUAAUCUUGCUGAUAAUAAACUUGGACCAGAAGGAGCAAAAAGUAUUGGAAUGAGCUUAGAAGCUCUUCAAAACAUUACUUCAUUGACUAUCAAUCUUUAGAAUAAUGAUCUUAGAGAUGAAGGAAUAAAUAAAUUUGGAUUAAGCUUAGAAAAGUGCCAAAGCAUCUCUUAUUUGAAUAUCAAUCUUCAAUCCAAUUUGAUUGGACAUGAAGGAAUAAUAAAUUUUGGAAUGAGCUUACUGAGGUGUCUAAAAAUAAAUUCUUUGACUCUCAAUUUCGAUCGUAAUGGAUUAACACAAGAGAAUAUAAUUAAUUUUGGAGCAAUUGUGCAAAAGUUUUAAAACCUCAAAUAUUUUAAUUUAUUCUGCAGAUUUACUAAUUAAUCUUUUCCUUUAUCGCCUUUAUACUACUAUACAUUUUUUAAUCAUAUUUUCAAAACAAAAAGAUUAGUAAUAUUUAAAACUAAAAUCGAUAUUUGAAUUAAGAAGUAAAAAAAAUUAAACUGAAUUUAAGAUAACAUUAACUCAGCUAACAGCAUUUAAAAGGACAAUCCUUUGAUUUUCAGGAAA